CCUGCAAUGACUAAUCCAUUUAUCUUGAUCGACUGAUACACCUACGGCAAAUUUAGAUAUUUUGAACGGAGACGUCAACUGCACUCCUCCUUCAACACAAUACUUAGAAAUUCUGAGGGUGUGUUUUUUAUAGGGGUCAGAGAAAGUUCUGAUAGGUUGUGUUUACACAGUCACCAUGGCCCUGGUCCAGGCCCUCUCCAGACCUUCCGCUAAAGCCCUAAGGGCCAGAUGGAGGCUAUCUCAGACUCUGCACAUCUCUGCCCUGCCUCUGGGGGGUACCGUUCACAACAGCCAGCCCUCUACCAACCCUACAGCCAGACUCCCCUGUCUAAAAGCCUUUCACCUCAGCACAGCCUCAUCCAGCCCUGAACCUAAAAAGCCCAAAUCAGUGUUGUCCUCCGGCCUCGAGGUGGAGCUGUUUGAGAUGGGGAUGUGGUCGCUGGGUCUGGGGGCCUUAGGAGUGGCCAUCGUUGGGAUCUUUCUGGCCAAUACUGACUUGUGUCUGACCAAGGCUGCCCAGGCCUCGCUGGAGUACCUGGAGGACGCAGACCUCCGCUCCACUGGAGACGAUGAGAAGACCAUAAAGGCCAAAGCUCUGUGGGAGAAGACGGGAGCAGUAGUUAUGGCCGUACGACGGCCCGGAUGAUUUUUGUGCAGAGAGGAAGCCUCCGAGCUGUCCUCUCUGAAGACCCAGCUUGAGGAGCUCGGGGUCCCUCUGGUUGCCGUGGUAAAGGAGAACAUCGGCACGGAGAUCCAGGACUUCCGACCGCACUUCGCUGGGGACAUCUACGUAGACGAACAGCACCACUUCUAUGGCCCACUACAGAGGAAGAUGGGGGGGCUGGGCUUCAUCCGUCUGGGGGUGUGGCAGAACUUUAUGCGGGCCUGGAAGGCCGGUUACCAGGGCAACAUGUUGGGGGAGGGCUUCGUCCUGGGAGGCGUGUUUGUCAUCGGAGCGGGGAACCAGGGCAUUCUUCUGGAGCACAGGGAGAAGGAGUUUGGCAACAAAGUGGAGAAUGAAGAUGUUUUAGAGGCCGCCAAGAGAAUUGUGCCAGUGCAAUAGAUGGUUAGUUUUGUGUUCACAAACUUAGUAGCAUUAGAUCAACACAAAAAAAAGAGUCCUCAGAAACAAAUACUGGUUUAUUUCCUGCAUUCGUUUUUUUGUUAAUUUUUUCCAUUCACAAAAUGGAACCUUAUCCCAACAACAAUACACGUGUUUUAGAAUUGUGUAUGACAUUUAAACUUGAAGAAAAGGGCAUUUUCCGUAUCUGUAGUUCUCGUGCACUAACCUUUCAUGAUUUCUAUUAUGGCUAGCUCUGUCCAUCAUAGAAUGUGUCACUUCCUCAAUAACAAUGUGAAUGUUCUAGAAUGCUCAGGUGAAUGAUGAUCUCCACUGCUUAUAAGAUCCUGACCCCCUUAACUCCCUUCACUCAUAAGCCCAUUGGAAGACGAGGUGGACCUUUUUCCUAUGUCUUUUCUCUAGAUGUGGAAACACCAAGUUGUACCAACUAGACAGUGUUCUGUAGGCUUAAGGUCUUGGUCAGGUUGUCAUUGUAAAAGAGAAUGUGUUCUCAUGACUUACCUGGUUAAAUAAAGGUAUUCUCAAUCAGGGACCUUACUGCUUGCACUAAACUGUGAGAACACUUGAACAUUACUCAUCUCUUGGGAGAGAGGGACUGUAUAUCUACAACUAUAGUGUUUCACACUUUUAUUGCAGUCUCUAAGGGCGUUAAACUCAACUUGAGGAAUGCAUGGUUCUGUGCAUCUGUAUUCGGUACGUAAAGUCAGUCUAGUAACUUGGCUAAAUGUGUUUCACGUUAUACCUGUGAAUUAAUGUGUGUGUGGUCAAUGUGUGUUAUUAAUGAAGACCUGACUGUAAACUCGGCGACGAGGGGAGCAGGUUUGAUACCCAAACACACACUGCCUCAACAUACUCACUAUGGCCAGGUUGGCAGGAAGCAGGUGUGAGAGAGAGGAUGCAAACCACAAUAAACCACCGUCACACCAUC